AGUGAAGUAGGAGGAGUUCACUAACAGUGGUUUUCCUAGAAUUUUGCACACAGUUCAGCCACCAUUAGGGACAAAGAAACAGUGUUAAGGAGGUUUUUGGUUCACAUAAAUCCAAUUAUUAAUCAAUUUAAUUUGUUAUUAUUGGAAAAUUUUCUUCAACUAUACAUUAAUACUUCAAGAGGAGUACUAUGACUGACAAAAACGUAGGCUCUGGCACAUCACAAGCAUCCAUGUCAAUUUCAAGAAAUGGAAGCUCGGAAAAGGAGGAUAAACUUAUGAUGUUGCUGUUACAACAUGACCAACAAAAACAACAAAGACUUCAGAAGGGUCAACUGCAACAACAACAACAACAACAACAAGUUUCUCAACAGCAAGGUGUGUCUCAACUAUUAGCUGACCAACAAGGUAAUACGAUUCCACUCCACCUUCAACAACAACAUCAACAAUUACAGCAACAACAACUUCAACAACUCCAACAACUUCAACAACAACAUCAACAACUUCAGCAACAGCAGCAACAACAGCAACAGCAACAACAGCAACAACAACAACAGCAACAACAACAACAAUUUCAAAUGGCAAAUAUGAAUCAAAACCACCCAUAUGCUUCACAUCAAUUGCACCAAGCCCAAUCACUGAUGUAUCAUUUAUCUCCAAAUAAUCCACAGGCUCAAUAUACUCAAAACCAACAACUAUUACAGCAAGGGUCAUUUGCGAAUGGAAAUCAAGUACAACCAGUAUAUAGCUCUUAUGCACCAUCCAAUACAGCUCCUAAUAUAGCAUACAACUAUGCAUUGGGUUACAACACAAGAUAUCCAUACAACUAUGGAGGAACAUUUGGACAAAUAGGGUCACAAACCGAUGCAUCUUCAACUGGACCUAAUACGAAUACUAUACAUGAUCAACUUGAUCUGACGAAUGCCCAGUUACAACCAUCGCAACAGCAAACUCUGUCGCAAACUCUUCAACAAGAUGUUGUUCAACCACUGCCACAACCUCCACAACAACCUCAACCCAUCCAGACACAACAGCCACAACCUCCACAACCACCAGCCCAUCCACAGUCUCAAUCUAUAAACAAUCCUCCAUAUGGAAAUAUAUCAUCAGAUAAUUUCACUGUAAACCAAUUCCUGCCACCCAUUCCUGCAAAUGUUAAUAAUUUCAAGGUUGGAAAAGUCACAAAAAAGAGUAAAUCUCUCGACAGCCAUACCAAUAACACCAAAACUAAACAAGUACUGAAACCGAAAGCUAAAGGACCUGUUAGAGAUUCAUCAUCAGACAGACCUUACUCUUGUGAAUUUCCUGGAUGUGAAUGGGCCUUUUCAAGACAAUCAGAUUUAAGAAGACAUUCUAAAUCACAUAUAGAACCAAUGUUCCAUUGUCCAUAUUGGAGAAAUGACCCAACUUGUCAUAGAAAUGGUGGUGCUUUCAAUAGGUUGGAUGUUCUCAAAAGGCAUUUAAAAUUAGUUCAUUAUGUUCAAGAUAAACUGCAACUUAUUCAUGAUUCAAGGGACGAUCCUGGCUGGUGUAGAUCAUGUCAAAGAAUGUUCCCUAAUUCAAAAUACUUUGUUGAUCAUUGUUUAGAAUGUGCACAUCUGGGAACUCCUGUGGAAUGGAAACAAACUGAUUCUUCAUUCAAAUUACAAGGACAAAGACCACCAAAUACCACCACUAAUAAUCCUUUAAAAUCCAAAAAGCAAGCGGAACCAGUAUAUCAAACAAACACUCUUAAUUUCCAAGCUCCAGAUACUAUUCAAAGUAAAUCAAAUGAAUCUAAUAAUCGAAAAAAACAAACUGUGUUACAAAAUGCAAACAUGGAUUCAAACUUAGAUCAGACAUCUAAAAAAAUUCCUACUUUCGGCGGAGACACUGUGGUUGAUCAAGUUGCAAAUGAUAUGUCCGUAAUUGAUUCAAUGAACCUCAAGGAAGCUCAAGCCAGCGAAAUCUUAGGUGGCUUGACAUCAGCUUCACAUGUACUUGACAAGGAGAAUAAGGUCAUUAGCAAUGACAAUCAAUCCAAAGAUUGAAGUCGUCUUUUUUUUUUAUUAAAAAUAUAUUGGAUAGUACAUAUGAACAAAUUUAAUCUUUUUCUUAUAAUUAAUAUACACAAAUAAUUUCUAUCUUACAUAAU